AGCAGCUCCAGAGCUCUGCCCCUCUGCAGAGCUGCGUGUUUGGGAUGGCUGGCACGGCCCUGCAGCGCUGGAAGACUCCUUGUCACCCCAAAAUGUGCAGGUUGAGGCACCCGGGCAGGAGGCCGGUGAGAGAGGACAUGUGCACAGCAGAAGCAACGGCCUCUCUGCUCCAGCUGGAGGAGACCUUCUCAGCAUGCCUGGCACGGAUCGAUGCCCUGGUCCUGAAGCCUCUGCUCCAGGCAGAGCCAAAUGACCAGAAGGGGAAGGAGAACUUCAAGCUCUUCCUGCUCCUCAACGAUCGCUUCCAAGCCCUCUGGAACCUCACAGAGGAAAACUACCGGCUGGUGAAGCAGAAACACGGCAGCUGUGAGUGCUCCUGCAUCAGGGACAUCUACACCAUCUGGAAAGGGGACCUGUUCCUGAGCAGCUACAUCCAGUAUUUUGUCACCUUUGCAAACUAUGUCGUGGUCCAAGGCUUCGAACACCUCACCAAGAGCAAAAGCGAGGCCUGGAAGCUGCACAAGACGGUGCUGAAGCAGUUCCUGACAGACUUCACCUCCGAGACCUCCAUGUCCCUGGCUCUGUACACUGUCCUUCACAAACCCCUCCAGGACCACGUCCAGCAGUACCUGCUGCUCCUCACCAAGCUCAAGGAGACCCUCAAAGAGGGCUCUGAGAAGGACGUGGUCGGCAGUGUCAUCGAGGAGUACGUGAAGCUGGAGGCUUUCAUCAGCCAGGUCCUGGAUGAGGCCUGUUCCACCAAGGCCUUGUGGAAAUCCUUGGGCUGCAAGUUCACGGACAUGCUGUGUGUUCCCGAGAGGAGGCUGCUGGAGGACAGCAAGAACCUUCCCAUCUCCACCGGCACCAACCGAUCCGACCGGGUCCUGCUCUUCGACGACGUCCUUGUGCUCAUCCAGGGGAACAGCUUCCAGAGUUUUGAUCUGAAGCUCGUGUGGGUGGAUGAAAACUGCGGGGAGAAAUCAGCUCCAGGAGUGCACGGGCUGCGUGUCACAACCCCAGAAGAAACCUUCUUCCUCUCUGCCAAAGGCCCGCAGGUGAAGGCGGUGUGGCGCUGGAAGCUGCAGCAGGCCGUGCGCCAGGCGCUCCACGGCAAGCGGGACUUCCCUCUGUGGGGCCGGAGCGGCGAGGACGGCGAGGGCGGAGAACCCCCCGCCUGCCGCUUCUUCAGCUACGUCUUCAGGCUGGAGGGCAGGCUCAGGAGCGCGGCCUACGAGGGCGAGUGGCGCUGGGGGAAGCCCCACGGCAAGGGGACGCUCAAGUGGCGCGACGGACGCAACCACGUCGGGGACUUCAAGGAGGGCUUGGAGCACGGGUUUGGGAUCUGCCUUGUCCCCCGCCAGGCUGAGGACAGGUAUGACUGUUACAAGUGCCACUGGUACGAGGGCAAGAUGAGAGGCUACGGAAUCUGUGAGUAUGGGAAUGACCUGGUCUACAAAGGUUACUUCAAGGACAACGUGCGCCAGGGCUUUGGGAUCCUGGAGAACUUCUCAGCCGAGCAUCCCUUCAGAUACACAGGACAGUGGGAAAACGACAAGAAGAACGGAUAUGGAGUCUGGGAGGACAAAGACAGAGGGGAGAGGUACAUAGGGACGUGGCUGGAUGAUCACAGACACGGCCAAGGCAUCGUGGUGACCCAGUCAGGGGUCUGCUACCAGAGGACCUUCCACGCUGAUAAAAUGGUGGGUCCUGGGAUCCUGCUCCUGGAGGACGACUCUGUCUACGAAGGGAACUUCACGGAGGAUCUGACCUUUGUUGGGAAGGGAAAGCUGUCCUUUGCCAACGGCUUCGUUUUGGAGGGAACCUUCACCACCAAGUCGGGCCAAGGCCUGCAGACCCACGGCAUCCUCAACACCUGCCACGAGCAGCUGGACGAGAGGGUCACCAAAACUCAGCUGGGCCUCAGGGAGUUCCCCGUGGAGAAGAGAUGGAAGGGAAUCUAUGACCAGUUCCUGGAAUUCCUCCAGUCUGGCUGCAAGGAAGAAAUGGAGGAGUCUUUCACAGGGUUCCACAUCCAAACCAGCAAGGAGCUGAGGAAAUCUCAGGAAUAUCUCUUCUGCCAAAGGGGCACUGAGGACAUAGCCUGGAAGAUUGAAGAUAUUCUUGAAGAGCUUGUGCAGCACCAGGAGCCGGAGUCGAUACAGAGUUAUCUAGAGAAGGCACUGAAGUCCUCCCUGCACCCUCUGGGGAAGCUGCUGAAGGCCCUGACAGUGGCUUUCCAGGCAACGUAUUCCGGGAUUGGGGCCAACAGGCACCUGCUGACGAUGGCACAGGAGGAAGUCAAGUUCUAUGCCAAGAAAAUUUGGGAAUUCUACCGGGGUUUGCUCCAUUUGGCUCUGGAACAGAAAGGCCAAGUGCCCCCAAAGUGUGUGGAUGGAGACACAAGUGACCAGAAGGCCUCCAGUGUGGUCCUGCCCCUGAUCCUGCCCUGCUUCUACCCCGAGCUCUUCAUGCUGUACAUGCUCUACCACGAGAGAGAAGAUGACCUGUACUGCCAGGGCAUCGUGGACCUCAGCCUGUUUCCUGACAUCAAGCUCCUGGAGUUUCUGGAUGUGCAGAAGCACCUCUGGCCUCUCAAGGACCUCACCCUGACCACCAACCAGAGGCGCUCCCUGAUCAAGGACAAGUGUUUCCUGUCGGCCACCGAGUGUUUGCAGAAGCUCAUCACCACGGUGGAUCCCAGGGAAAAGCUGGUGAUCCUGCAGAAGACCUACGAGGAGAUCGAGGGCACCGUGUCCAGGGUGGUGGGCAAGGACUACAAGCUGCCCAUGGAUGAUCUGCUGCCCCUCCUCAUGUACGUCGUGUCCCGGGCCAAAAUCCAGCACCUGGGAGCUGAAAUCCAUCUGAUCAGAGACCUCAUGGAUCCCACCAACCAAGGAGGAAUGUUUGACUUCCUGUUGACAGCCCUGGAGGUUUUUUCCCCGAGUUCCCCCGUUCCUGCUGACCGUGUUGCUCUGCUCCUCCCCAGUCGUGCUACGAGCACAUCCAGCGGCUGCGGCUGCAGCAGCGCGAGAGCUGCCCCCUGAGCGCCAGCGCCUGAGCCCCGGAUCCACAGGGAUCAUCUUCCUGGGAUCCACAGGGAUCAUCUUCCUGGGAUCCACAGGGAUCAUCUUCCUGGGAUCCACAGGGAUCAUCCUUCCCGCUGCAGUGCCCAGAGCACACCCUGCUGGAUCACAAUCCCUGCUGCUCUGGCUGUGGAAUUACAACCUCGAUCCUAAACCACACGCGGGGGAUGCUGAUGGAGAAAACCCUUCACUCUCCAACCUCGGCUGCUGGUUGGGAAUCUCUUCCCGAGUGGAAAAGGUUUCUUUUGCCCCCUGGUUUCGUUGGCUGGCCCUGAAAAUAGCAGGGGAUUUGCUUUCCCUGCUCCCUGGGAGGUUGAUCUGCACUGGUGAAAGGACGGAAAGGAGAAGAGUUUAGGACGGGAUUUGGGGUUGGAGAGAUCACCCCCACAUUCCUGAACAACCCAUUCCUGGAGGGAAGAAGUGGUUUCUCCACCCUUCUUCCUCCCUGUGGCACACUCAGGACCUCUCCCUGGCCUUUUAAAGCUGCUAUUCCCCAAAUUCCGUGGUUUAGGAGAUUUAAAGCUGUGUUGUUUCUGCUCUGCUCACUCCUGUGGAGCCUCAGGGAAUGUCACACCUGCACCUUGGACGUGCUCCUGGCUGCUCUGGAAUUCUGUGGGCUUGGAAGAAAGGAAUGUUGGUCUGGGCUGAGAAAUCCCAAAUCCUGGCAAGAGAAAACAUGGAAACACCUGGUUUUCCUGCUGCUUUUCCAAGGGGAUUCGUGCUGACAGACCCCACAGACACCAGUGGGGCACGAAAAUCAGGCUGGGAUUUAUCCUUCCUUUGGAAAACCACCGGGAUAUUUGGGAUUUUUGUCCCUCCCAGACAAAACCAGCCAGGUGGGAGGUGCAUUUUGAGAGGUUUGACACAGAUUUUAACCUGCUUUAUUUUUUUUCUUUUUUUUUUUAAAUUAUUUUUUACAGUUUGACUUCUAAUUAAUUGUCCAGGUCACUAAUUAAUCAUCCAGGCAAACACAACCCAACUCCACAGGCUCUUGGCUCCCAUUUCCCACAUGGAUUUAUGCUUUAAUAAGUAACACAAUGAUUACAAUGAAUAGAUUGGGAUGAGAGUCUCCUCCUCCUGGCUGUUUUAACAGGAACUUUAUAUUUAAAUAAAGCUGUUGGAAGUUUCCA